AUGAAGGUGAUACAGAUGUUAUUCCUUUUUGGGAAGGAAUUCUGCAUUAUUCCUACAUUGAUUGUAGUUAUCAGAGCGAACAAGAAUCAUAGCUUAGUUUCUGGAAAAAAGGUUUUUCAUCGCAUUUUUUGGACGUUUAGACAAUGUUGUGAGGCGUUCAAAUUUGCCAAACCCGUCAUACAAAUUGAUGGAACACAUUUAUAUGGGAAGUACAAAGGGAAAUUGUUGGUGGCCACUGCCCAAGAUGGUAAUAAUGAAUGUUUACCGGUCGCUUUUGCCAUCGUAGAAGGCGAAACUUUGGAAGCAUGGGAUUAUUUUCACGUUAAUAUUCGUGCUCAUGUUACUACCAUGUCAAACAUAUGUUUGAUAUCCGAUCAGCAUCGAAGCAUAAUAUAUGCUGUGGAAAAUAACCCUAAUUGGCAGUCGCCAAAUGCAUAUCACGUCUUCUGUAUUGGUCAUAUUGCAAGCAACUUCAAUCAAAAGUUUCAGAAUGAAGAUUUGAAGCGGAUGUUAAAGAAUUUAGGUUUUACUCCAGCCAUGGUUGAUUUUGAAAGGAAUCUUGCGAGUUUCCGUGAAAGUAGUCCUCAAAUUGCUGAGUGGAUUGAUGCGAUCCCUAAGGAAAAGUGGUCGCGAGCCUACGAUAUUGAAGGACGGAGAUUGGUUGCAUAUUUUGUUGAGAGAGGAACAAAUGUUGUUGCACAACUUCAAUCAGCUCAUCGUCACUCCAAAAAUGUUGUUGAAUUGGUCAAGAAGAACCAGGUAGAUGCAACAGGCCACCACGUUCGUGCAUACAAUGUUGAACAUACUGUCUUCGAGGUUGACGCAGGUUGGGAGCGUUCAUAUUCUGUCAACCUCCCACAGAGAUACUGUCAGUGUGGAAAGUUUAAGGCCUUUAAGUAUCCGUGUAGUCACAUCGUUGCUGCUGCGUUAAGUGUUAGGUAG